AUGCCGAAGAUUGGUUUUGCCCUCAAUGCCGCUCUUCUUCAUGCCCUUGGCGACUGUAUGCAGUCCAUUGGUGUGAUCCUCGCCGGUUUGUAUAUUUACAUAGCCAACAGAUAUAGCCACGGUGUCCCCUCGUAUAAGUACUCAAUUCACAACUUUGCUGAUCCAAUCUCCUCCAUCAUUUUCUCUGUGAUAACCCUCAAAAUGACGUUCUCGCUGCUAUAUGAUCUUAUUAAUAUCCUGAUGGAAAGCACACCGAAAGGAACCGACUAUGAUGUCAUCAAAACCUCAUUGCUUAACAUUAAUGGUGUUUACAGCUUGCACGACUUGCACAUAUGGUCGUUGUCUGCUGAUAAUAUUUCUCUCUCAGCACACCUCGUUAUAAAUAAUAAUGAGAAUAGUAGAGAUAUUUUAAACAAAGCUAAGGAAGUCUGCAUCUACAGCUUUGGUCUCUCCCAUAUCACAAUCCAAAUAGACGAAAUUGGAACCGGUGAUUCGACGUGUGAAGGAAGCUGUCAUUAA